GCUGUUGAAGAGCCCUUUCUCAUUAUCUUUUCAUGUAAUCUUAGAAGUGACCUUCCCGCUUUCUUUUAUAAAGCCCUGCUUGUUUGGAAUUUUCUCCUAUUGUCAUUUCCACCCAGGGUCAUCUGUUGUGCUUUGGCCUUAUAUCCCAAUUUCCUUUGACCCAGCUUUUUUGUUGAUAGCACUACCAGCGAGUUCGACUCAGCCUUUUCCAACCUGAAAACUUGGAGUAUUGUUGCUCUUCUCUAAUCAUACGCUUUAUACUGCCAAUCGACCUGUGUUGCAUUGGUAAUUUCCCUCCUUGGUAAAUAGUCAACGUCAACUGCGCACCUCAAGCGCCAAGAUUCUUAACUUUGGAACAUGUCCCAUCAUACUAUCCAAACUUUCCUGAGGGCUCUGCCCAAAUGCGAGCAUCAUUUGCAUAUCGAGGGUUCUCUAUCGCCAGAUCUGCUCUUCGACCUUGCCGCACGGAAUAAAAUUCAGCUGCCUUCAGCCAACGAUGACCCUGCAUUCGCAUCGCCUGAAACCCUACUGGAACGAUACGAACAUUUUUCUUCGUUGGACGAUUUCCUCCAUUAUUACUACAUUGGCAUGUCUGUCUUAUUGCACGAGUCGGAUUUUCAUGCCUUGGCGUAUGCCUACCUUCGUCGCGCGCAUCACGACGGUGUCAUGCAUGCAGAGAUGUUCUUCGACCCGCAGGCGCACACGGAGCGUGGUAUCGAUCUUGACACGGUUGUUCGAGGCUUGCGCGCCGGCUGCGCUGCCGCCGAAUCCGAGUUUGGUAUCUCGACACAAUUGAUUAUGUGCUUCCUGCGGCACCUGCCUGCGACAUCGGCCCACGAGACGCUCAAAGCUGCCAGGGCGGCCAUUGAGGAUGACGGCUCAAUUACGGGCAUCGGUCUCGAUUCCUCCGAGAAGCCAUUCCCUCCGCAGCUCUUUGAAAGUGUGUAUGCCGAAGCGCAAGGGUUGCAAGCAGCAGCCACCGCCGGAAUGGCGAGCAAUGGCUCGGGUAGACUCCGCCUCACCGCGCAUGCGGGCGAAGAGGCUGAUCCGUCUUAUAUCCGCCAAGCAGUUGAUCUUCUGGGCGUUGAGCGUAUCGAUCACGGAAUUAGACUCGCCGAGGACGAAUCACUGCUGAAGCGCAUCGCGGAAACAAAGACGAUGCUCACUGUAUGUCCGCUUUCCAACGUACGCCUUCAGUGCGUCAAGUCCGUAGCCGAGCUGCCUCUUCGAAAAUUUCUCGACGCCGGUGUGAGGUUCAGCUUGAACAGCGAUGACCCAGCUUACUUUGGUGGAUACAUUCUGGACAAUUAUUACGCUGUGCAGGAUGCGUUCAAACUGAGUGUGGAGGAGUGGGAGCGCGUGGCCACCGCUGGUAUUGAGGGAAGCUGGUGCAACCAGGCUCGGAAAGCCGAGAUGUUGGCGUGUUUGAAAGAAGUUAUUCGCGAAUAUAUCGCCGGCGAGGAAUUAAAACUUCCCGACCAGGAGCGCGUAGCACGCUUACAGAAGCAUGUUCGCGCCGUGAGCACUUUAUCGUCAUAGAUUUCACAUGUUUAUCCCAGCCAAAGUUCGUAGGAGAUACCCUCUCUUGAGAUUUAGAUCAGUUGUAUAAAAUUCAGAGCCUAUGAUUUCAAUUGUUUUCGGGAAGGAAUUAUACUGAGAUUUACUGAUACGGCAGUUAAGGUACAGUUGCAAGCCCUGCCCUGUCCGCCACAACAAGAAGAGGGAAUUCAGCGGAAGCUCAUUUGCAAAGAUGUGCCUGAUUUUUUUUUUUUUUUUUUUUUUUUU